AUGGAAUUCCCACAACAAAAGCAAUUAUUUACUUCAAACAAUUCUUCUUCCUCCUCUUUAAAGACAAUUCUUAAUAGCAGUCAUCGUUUCCGAGAAUUGAAAAAAUUCCUUUGGCAAAUUCUUCCUCAAUUUGACAGCAUUCAAUUAGGCCAAUUUGUUUUAUUAUUUGCAGCAUUAAUUGGCUUUUUUGUAAGAAAAUAA